CUUUGGCUUAUACGUUGUCGACCAUUUGGGUUGAAAAAUGUCAAUGCAGUUGUGUAAUUAGUACUGUGCAAUUGGGCGUGUAUUGUGUGACUCAUAUUUAACGAAAGUUUAUUAUAUCUACGUUCAAUGUGUAUGGCUCUUGUGUUUUCUGCCGGUAUUGCUGUGAGGCAUAUGGAGUUCUUGCUGGACAGUGGAGAGUAUUGCCAGGCACAGCACAAAUAAAGUGGGUGUCGAGGAAUUCAGAAGGCAGCAGCUUUGCACCUCACUUACAAGAUUAUAUUAAUUUGAAUGGGGUGAAAUGGUAUAAAGUUUAUAUAAAUUUUGGGUUUGUCGAAACACUAGUGGAAAGAAGAGUGAAAGUGGUAGCUCCAGUGUUUGAAUUGGCCUGGUGGCUGACAGGAUAUGUGUUACAGGUUUUGAAGCCAUUGUUGGACUUUUAUUUUGUUCAUUUUAUUGCAUUGAGAAAAUUCUGGUCUCAAGUGUGUAACAAAUUGUCACGUUAAUGAACCAUACUUAGUCAUAAAAUACAGCAAAUAAUUUGUAUUCAGGAUUUUUCAUUUCUUGGACGUUCUACAAGUGGAAACUUUUUAUUUCUAUAUUUCUGUGACUUCUGUGUGAAUAUUUUUUUCAUUCUGAAACCACUGAAAAACUGAUAGUAUGAAAUAAAAAUUAUUCAUAGAAUUCGAUGUCAUUAAAGUUGUGAAGCUCUCAUUGAUUUCAAUAGCUUGACAGAUUUUUUUGCAACUUUGCACAGGGACAUCUUUAUUGUAAAUUAUAGUUUUCAAGAUCAGUGUUUUAAUAUUUGACAUUGCAGUAGGUGUUAACUGAAGAAUAUCUCAAUACUUAACAAGAGUUUAUUAUAUUUUUUUAUGAAAUGUCUGUGAGUGUCAGCAACAUGCGUUUAAAGGAUAUCAGGCCAGCACCAUGCCAAAUUGAGUAUAAGAACAUGAAGUUCCUUAUCACUGAUCGUCCAACUGAUCAGAACAUCCAUAACUACAUUCAAGAGCUCAAGAAACACAAUGUCAAAGAUGUGGUCCGCGUGUGUGAGCCAAGCUACAAGAUAGAUGAAUUGAACAAUGAAGGAAUUGGUGUAACUGAUCUUGAAUUUGAUGAUGGGACACCACCUCCAAGUAGGGUGGUAGAUGAGUGGUUUGAGCUGCUGAAGAACAGAUUUCGUGAGUCACCGGAAUCGUGUGUGGCGGUUCAUUGUGUUGCGGGACUUGGCAGAGCACCAGUAAUGGUUGCCUUAGCCCUGAUCGAGCUAGGUAUGAAGUAUGAAGAUGCUGUGGAUUUCAUCAGGCAGAAACGCAGAGGUGCCAUAAAUGCCAAGCAGUUAGCAUACCUGGAGAAAUACCGUCCGAAAUCUCGCCUUAAGCUCAAGAAUGGCCACAAGAAUGGUUGUUGCAUACAGUAAUCACACCCUCUCUUGAAAAAUAUGCCUCAUAAAUAUUGUAGUUUUCAUGAGGUCUUGCAUUUGAAAUAUUUGAUAGCAUUUAAAAGUGGGUUCUGUAUUUUAGAAGAAUAAGAAGGUAACAACAGGUGCCUGAACUAACUAUACAUGAAUUGCUAUCAGAAUUUGUCAUCCCUCUCUCUAGACCGGUUGCCAUUGACUAUGUAAGAAGUGGGCUUUACAGAAGAUACUUUGUUACUUAAAAAGAAAAUUAAUUUUGGAAAGUUAAUAUAACUAGUAUUAACAUAAACCAUUUUCUUCCUUCAAAUUUUUUUGCUGUUAUAAGGAAACCAUAAUAUAAAUAUCUAUUGAAUUUCACACAUAAAUUUCAGUCAAUAAACUUGCAUGUGGUGUUGAAUUAUUAUAACUAGUUAUUUAUCAUGUUAAAUUUAUUGUCUUUAGUUAUUUUGCACAUUCAAUUUUUUUCUUUUUUUGUUUAUUAAUUGCUAGAAUUUAUAUUUGGUACUGGAAAAAAACAGUAUUGUUUUGAUGUUGGAACAAGUAACAAUUUAUUUUUCAUACAUAUCCAUUAAAAUGUCUUCAUGUGAUGGAACAAAACUGUUGCAGAUACAGUGAGAUUCUUUUUUUUUUGUUUGUUUAUUUUUUAACUUAUUAUAAUAAAUAAUUAUAGAAAGGGCAGGACAAAAGAAAAUUAGGAAUAUUAACAGCAGUGUCUGGUUUAACAUGUGAGAAUUGAAAAUUCUGAGAAAGUAAAUAUUAUGGUUUUACCAUAAAACACUAAUAAUAUUACAGUGUACUUACUACUCUUUUUCUGAUCUUCCAUGUAUUGUUACUUGGUAUUUUAAUAAAAAUAAGUUACAUAUAGUUCGUUGGCUUCAUUUUCUACAUGUGUUUUAAUAAUUCUCGUUAAUGUUCAGUGUUAACUAUUAUUUUCUACAAAAGCCCCGUAAUCCUUAGAUCAUGAGCAUUUUUGUUUUGGGUUUUUUGUUGCAUUUUUAAAACUAGCUUAAAAUACUUCAUUUAUGCACAAACUUUUGGUAUGAAACUUUUAAUUAGGUACAAAUUUGAGACAUGUAUGGGUAGGAAACUACAUGUUAAAAAGGAAAUGUGAUAAAAAAUUGUUUGGCAUAGUUCUAAAAACUUCUAGAACUUGCAGCAUAAAAAUCUCUGUGUGGCAAUUUUUAUCAUCAAAAUGCAACAUUUUAUACUGUAGUAAAUUUGUACAAUAUACUAUUGAAAACAAUUUUUCCAUCUCUACCUUUUGUAUUGGGAAGACGGGUAAAAAAACUUUUUCUGCAAACUAUACAUUUAAUUUUAUUUGUUUUGAUUUCCUAAAAUGUUAAUAUGCAACUCUUGAACACAAGUAGAGCAAAGAAUACUUUUGUGCUCUUCGAGUCUAUUCUACUGCGCUUUCAAAUAAUUAAAAAAAAAAAAAAAAAAAAAUUAUUUUUAUAUCAGGAGCUUCAACUCUUUUCCCAUGUAAAUGUCUUCCUUAAUGAAGUUGUAUCCCAUUAAGUAAGUUCUUUGUUCUUUAAACCCUUGCUGACACUACAUUUCACAGUUAAUUUAUCUGAAAGCAUUUGCAUUUAAUCGCCCAGUUACUACUCAGCAAUUUUGAUGCAAAUAAAUAAAUGGUGCUGUCAUAGGCCAGUUCAGUCACAGAAUGUCUUGGCAGAAUCUUAUGAUCUAUUCUUGUCUUUUGGUACUGAGUGUGAGUCAUUAAUGCUCAGAAUUUGUGAACUGAUUAUCUGGUGUAUUGUUCCAGCAACUUUCAUCUCUUUGUCUUUGAUGGUGUCUUGUGUAGCCAAAUAGUAAUAGAAUUUGUGUGGCAUUUUGUCCUUUUAAUUUUGCCAGUUCAAACACGUGAAAGUUUCUGCAUUCAUUUAUAAUUCCAUUUGUUUUAUCAUCAGUUAAACUUAUUAUGUGUGUUUAUUGAUUUAUGAAUAGUAUUUCAACAAAUUGGUUAAAAUACCACGUGAAAACACUUCCUUUGUUUCUUCUUACAAUGGCAACCUGGUUUUAGUAACAAUAAAUAAAGAUUCAUACUUGCAUAAAUUUAAAGGUGUUUCUUAAAUACUUAAGUGUAAAACUGCUGUUACCAAUGUUUUAUUAACUAAUGUACCAUUUGUAACAAUUUCAAUUAUGUAUAUUUGAAGCUGGUGAUUGACAUUUUAAAAUACUGCAAUUUACUAGCAGAUGUGUUUAAAUUUAAAGAAUGCUGUGUUAUUUUAAGUGAUAUUUUAUUUUAAAUAAAUUUGCCUAUUGAAUGGGAUUUACUUUUUAAGCCAUUGUAGAGUUUUUUGUGUUAAAAAAUUUCCACCUAUUCAAAAAGCUUGUUUAUCUGAACAUGAUAAUUUUCUAGCACAGCAUGUAAUUUUAAUUUUUACAUAUUGUUUUACCAAUAUAUUUAGUGGAGGAGAUUUCAAGUGUAUUUGAGAAUGAAAUUCUUAAUUUCCAAUGUUUCUUGAGUAGAAUGCAAGCAAGAACUAUCAAUACUACUGAAUGGUCUAAAAGUUUCAGCUUGUUACUAUUUGUGUGGCUAUAUAUUCAUGGAAAAAAUCAUUGUGUUUGAAGUGAACAACAGUAGACAUCCAUCCUUAUGUGUUCUAUACCAAAAAAUUAUAUACUCUGGCUCUUACAGACUAAUAAAUUACUCCUUGACCCCUUUAAUGUGUACAUGUACAAUAUGUUUUCAAAAAGUAAGGUACAGGUAUAUUAACAUUUUCAUUCAUAAAUGGAGAUGGACAGAAUUUUUUAUGGUCAUAUUGUUGCUGUGGGCUUAUUUCCAAUUAUGAUUUAUAAUUCAUGGCCUACUUGGGUAGAUUGUACCAUCAGUCAUCCAUGUUGAUAAAUUCAUAUGAUAAAUUGGUGAUAAAAAUUAUCUGUGCAUGACAGAAUAUUUAAUGCAAGGUAAGAAGUAAGAAAUUAAUAUUAAUUUGAUACACGUACUAAACUAUUAUAAAAAUGGCUUUGCUGUAAUAGUAAAUAAGGGAAGUGCAUAAUGGUGUCGAUUGGUGGAACCUUACUUUUUGACAUCCUGUGUUGUAGCAUACUUUGAUGGUGAUUUUGUCUAGUAAUACAUGUUUAUUAAAAUAUCAGUGUUCAAUAAUACAGAUUCAAAUUGAAUCGUAUUCUUUUGAACCUAUGUUUAAUUACCAUUUUUCCAUGCAAAACUGUUAAAUAGUUAAUUUUGUUUUCACUGUUAAACUAAGACUUACUAAUGGACAAGUUUCAUCUGUUAAGUCAAAUUUUAGAUAUGAAUAUUAUUAUUACUAUUAUUUUAAUUGUUGUUACUAUUAUUUGUAAACUACUAUAAAUGGGCAUGCAUGUAUGUGUUAUCAUCAACUUGUAAUCAAAACUGUUUGGUGCCAACUGGAUGGAAAUGCAAGAUUUGGUUUCUGAAACUUUCUGCAAGGGGAUAAGUGUAAAAUUUGAAUAAUUACUUACUAUGUGAAAUUUAUAUAUGUAGUGUAAAGUAACUAUUUUCACCAUUUUAUUUUCUUUCAUUAACAUAAGCUAAAGAAAACUGCAAAUUUUCAAGGUACUGAUUGCUGGCCAUAGCUGAUAAAAUGUUUUCGUAGAUAUUUUAUCUAAAAUAUUUUGUACUAUAGUUGAUCCUUACUAUAACAACACUUUGCUUUACCACAAGUAGUUGUCUCCAUUGCAAAUUUUUUUUCUAACUUUUGAUUGUAUGCUGUCUCCUUUUUACAUUUGCUUAAUUUUUUAUUGCUUUAGCUUAUAUAUAUGUAACCUUAAUUAGAGUGAAGUUUCUUUGCAUAUAAUACAAUUUUGUUUGGUGUUUGUCAAUGAUUUGCUACUGAGCAUAAUUAAUGAAAAUAGUCAUGCGGAAAUUUAUUUGUUCAGUUACAGCUUUAUUUCCGUGAUUAAUUAUUGGGAUACUUUUAGGUCAAAACUAUUUGAAUGAUUUUGUGGCUUUCGCAGUAAAUUGACCACUUAUUGAAAUUGAUUAUUUGUGGUCAGGCAUUCAGCUAGCUCUUGACUGCUGUUGCCAUUACAUACAAUGUAAUUACUACAGCCAUAAUGUGUUCCAAAUAAUAGUACCUUGUCAGUACCAUAAUUUCCAUGUGUUUCAAGAUACAUGUACAUGUUUUCUUUCAGUUUAUGUAUCUAGUUUAGUUGAUGGUAUUUUGUAGUGUAGUGCCAGUGGUUUUAUUAAAUAAUAUUUUGUUGUCUCUAAAGUGUGCACUACAGAACAAUAUAUUUUAAAUGGAAAAUGAUUGUA